AUGCCAGCCAUAUUGACAUCUAUUAUCUUUUUGGCCAUUGGCAUGGUGCUUGUUGGAGCCACUCCAGUCCCCCCUAGCCCUCUGAGACUGGCCACCACAUUUUCGCGUAUCGCCAACGAGCUUGACCAUAUUGGCCUAGGAGAUUGUUCCUUAGUCAAUGUAGGUCUUCCGUUGAAUAAUACAAACCCUCAACUUCCUCAACCUUCAUCCCAUUUGUCUCUCAAAUACGUUGCUCUAGGUCGGGGAACUCAAAACUAUUCGUGCCCCUCCUCGACAGACUCCUUCCACUCUAGAAACUCAACUGUGCCAGUAGCAACUGGGGCCGUGGCUACCCUUUUCGACGCUUCCUGCAUCGCAUCAACCUCAUUAACUCUAUUAAAUGAGCUUCCUGCAAUCAUUCAAAGUACGCCUCUUGGAUCUCUGACUUUCGUCGCCGAAAUGCUGAGUCGAACUACGGACUCAUCGGAUCCUAUCCUUGGUGAGCACUAUUUCGAUGCAUCCGGUGACCCAUUCUUUGACUUAAGGCUGAGUGGGUCGGAUGACUGGAUAAUUGCCAAGAAAGAUGCUUCGGUUGAUGCACCCAAGCGGGCGUCCCGAUCUUCCGGUAAUGGCGGAAGCAAAGAUGUUGCAUGGCUUGAGCUUGGAUGCAAAGAAGGCCAUGGUAUCAAGGAGGUGUACCGAGUAAUGACCUAUGGAGGCUCCUCUCCAACAACAUGUGCUGGCCAAAAUGAUGCGAUUCUAGUUGAUUAUGCUGCAGAAUACUGGUUUUAUGGGUCAUGA